UAAAAGUGUAUGAAAAUAUGUUAAAGGCAACACGAUCGUGUUUAUCAUUUUGGCUUCUAUGUGUGUUGUUAAUCAGUGAAAUCAGCACUAGAACACCAAAAUCUUUGAAAGGAAAGUAUGUUAAACUAUCAAAAACGCCUACAAGGCCAGAAGGACAACAAGAGUCUAUUGCUGACAUAAUAAAACGACCCCCAUCGCUAAAUGGAAAAUUAGACAUGGCAUUUAUAAUGGACACAACAGGCAGUAUGGGUUCGUAUAUAGAUAGUGCAAAGCAGAACAUCAGAGGAAUUGUAGACAAAAUAGUUGCUACAUCUGGCAGUGAUGUACGAUUAGCAUUGAUAGAGUAUAGAGACCAUUCACCACAAGAUAGAACUUUUGUCACCCGAAAGAAUGACUUUACGUCUUCGAUAUCCACUAUGAAAUCCUGGUUAAAUUCUGCAAGCGCAAAUGGAGGAGGUGAUACACCGGAAGCCGUUGCAGAAGCUAUGUAUCAAGCAACAAAAUUGUCAUGGCGACAGGAUGCAACUAAAAUAAGUGUUAUGAUAUCCGAUGCACCUCCCCAUGGACUUGUGCCGUCCGAAGAUAGUUCAUUUCCACAGGGAUCUCCAAAUGGUCAUGAUCCUAUGCAAAUAGCUCGUGACUUUGCCCAGAAAGGUGUAACUUUAUAUGUUAUUGGCGUGGAGCCACCAAUUGUUCCAUACAAGGAUUUUUUCAUGGCUUUAGCUUAUAUUACAGGAGGUCAAUAUGUCCCAUUAUCAGUACCUCGUCUUUUAGUUAAUGCUAUAACUGGGGGAGCUCAGGAAGAAUUGUCUUUACGUCAGUUUCAAGCAGACGUGCAACGAGAAAUUAAACUAGCUUCUGCAGCAGGUGACUCCUUAAAUAAACAGCAAAUUGCACAAACUGUAUUUCAGAGACUACAGAAAUCAGGUGCUAAAUCUAAACAAUUAGUCAGGAACAACAGAACUUUAGAAGUGCCUUCAGUUGAUGCUAAAUUAUUAGCAUCGAAAAAAUCAAUGGCAGAAGUAAGAAAAGUAUUCAAAAAAGGGACCACUUCGACACCAUUUUUAGGAGUCGGAGGCAUGGGUGGAGACAUGCGUGUAGGCAUGGGUGGAGACAUGCGUGUAGGCAUGGGUGGAGACAUGCGUGUAGGCAUGGGUGGAGGCAUGCGUGGAAGAGUCGGCGGUGGAGGCCCAUCGAGAAGCAUGUCACCUGGAGCUAUGAUUCCGAGUUCAAGUGCUAGUGACAAACUUUCAACAAAAGAAUCUGGAAUUACGUUGGAACAAAUUAACAGACUAGUUGAAAAGGGGACGGCAAGAUUACCGAGUGUUUGA